GGUCAGCUCUGACUGUCCCACUGUGAGCUCCUCUCCUUCUAGAGUGGAGGCUCCCAGAAGGGAGGGCACAGCCUUCUCCAUCUCAGCGACCCCCUGGACCCAGUACAGUGCCUGGCCCAGUGGAUUCCUCACCCAAGCCUCCUUUCUCGUUGCCGAUGGACAACAGUGCCCACCCCGCGGGGUCCCAACGGACUUUCCGGGGAGCAGGGGUAGCUCCGAGGUCUAGCAGAUUCCGGAUUCCCAGAUCCCCUGGGAAGCCCCCCUGCGGAUAACAGGGAGUUGCCCUUAUUUUGCAAUCUAGAAAGGAGUAUUUACCAGGCCCAGUUACAGCUGAUUUUGUCGCUCCGGGAACGGGAAGCGUCAAGCCCAGCUGCACGGGCAGAGUGAGACAGCGAGGGGAAUAAAGGGCUGCCUCCCUUGAUCACUGGGCUCCCCAAGUGGGAGACCGGAGAGUUGAGGCUGCGGAGGAGGAGAGGGAAGGGGAGGGGGAGGCCCGGGGCCGCGCUGCCCUUCCUCCGGCUCCUCCUCCUCUCGCGGUCCCCGCCGGCCUCCCUCUCGGGCUCUUUGUCUGUCGGUCGGUCUGUCUGUCGGCUCGCUCUCGCACUGGCUCUCCAGCCCUCUCGCUCUCUCUCGGCUCGGUUCACGUGACCGACUGCUCUCAACGGCUCCGAUCACCUCUUCCUGAGGCAGCACCUUUCGCACCCCCCCCUUCAUGCCGUCUAGCCUGAGGAUGCAGGCACAGAGGAAAAUGUUGUCCUUUCCUGCCGUCACCCUGCCACGAUUGGGAUCGCCUGGGUUUCUCUCUGGAGUCAGGGCUUCAGGGGACGCGAGAGCCCGGGGCCCGGCCGGGGCCGAGCCGGCAGCGCGGCCCCUCCAGGAGUCCGCGUACUCGGCGCUGCGAGGCCGGCUGCAACUUCGGCCUCCGAAGCUGCCGACUCGGCUUCCCUUUAAAAUACAGAAACUCCCGGCCCAUACCCCCGCCCCGCCGGCCGCCUCCUCUCCUUCCCCCUCCGCCCCCGCCCCGGCUCAGGCUCCUCCCAGAGCCCUGGGCGCGGGGGCCUCCCUGCCACCUGCCCGCUGCCCAGCCCACAUGCAAAGCGUGACCGCCGGGGAAGGCAGGCGGGCGAGCGCCCACACCGGCCCUGCGCCGCGGCGACAGCGACAGCGACAGCGAGCAGCUCGCCUACUCUGUCCGUCUGCGCUUACCCAGCAUGCACUUCCAGGCCCCGAGCUAUCUCGGAGCUGCAGCCCCGGGGUCAGAGCGGCCGGAAGAAACAGGAAGUUUGGGACGGUCCUAGUCGUGGGGCCGGGAGUCCUAAACACCAGGCCCUUUGCUUGGCUCUGCCGCUCCCUUCCCCCGCCUCCUCCCUCUGGCCGACUUCCCUGGGGUCCGUUUCGGGGGCUGGCCUGAACUCCAAAAAUCCAGAUGUGUUUGGGGGUCAUUCAAGGCGCACUCCCAGGGUUCCUUUGCCAUAGCAUCUCCAGGCUUUAGGGAUCCAAGGGUGGGAGCGGGAGGGAGUGCUCCCGCCCCGCGGGUGGGUGGGUAGACCCGGAGGGUGGUUUGUCUUCUGCCCGCGGAGAGGGAGAAGGACGCUAGGUGGGGUGGAGGUUGAGGGCUGGAGAUUAGCCUCCCGCAGCUAUCUCUUGGGCAGGUAGGGCAGAGGUUGGAACCAGGGUUACGGUCUUCCCCUCCCCUCCGCCAGUUAGCUUCUCUCUAAUCUGCCCUCCGCACCGACUAAGGCUGCCCCGUUAUCCUUAGCAACCAUCUCAGUAACGUGCACUGCUGUUCAUCAGGGCCGCCUGGGGCCAGGGAGACGGGAUGCCUAGCGCAGCCCCAUUCCUCAGGCAGAAAAGGCGAAGGGCACGCCCUGUUGAAGGCGCUCUCCAUCCACACACCGCUUUGGCCAGGCAAGAAAGGCUGGAGUCUCAGUGCCCUUGGUCUCCCACUCAGUCCCCAUCCUUGACCCAUCUCCUCACUCAGCUAUCCCCACCUGAGUCUCUCCCUGGCCUAGAGCUGAGAGGGAUGUGUUACAGUAGCUCCCAGUGGGCGGUACUGACCCUAGCAUGCCACUUGGCCAAUCCUAUUCGGGUUGUGCAGAUGGGCCAUUAGAAUGGCCCGCAGUGCUCUUUCUCCUCUCGUAGCCUUAUGCUCCCCGCCGGGAACUUCUUUCUCCCAGCUCACUAGGAGUUCCUAGAUUUCCUGAGAAGAAAGCUGGCUGGUUAGGAGAACAAGGAUGAAUAUUUUGGAAGUGAAGGUAAAAACUCAUUGGAUGUAGAAUGAUUGUGAGACUUCACUGCAGUUUCUGCCCCAGACACCUCCAGGCAGAAUUAAUUGGUCUUUCCUCUGGGCUCCCAUAGAGUAGGAUUUAUACCUCUAUUAUCACAUUGUAUUGUAACUAUUUGUUUACAUGUUUCUCCCCCCUGCUAGACUGUGAGCUCCUGGAGGGCAGAAACUAUGUCUUAUUUAUCUCUACAGCUCCCCACACAGAUCCUGGCUCACAAAAAGGCUGUUGAAUAAAUGAACCAGAAAUGGAAGGGAUUCAACUAGAUGACCUCCAGGAUCUAAUAUUCUGUGAUGCAAUUUAAACCCGCACCCAUAGUUACACUCACAUACAUGUAAACACAGACCAAAUCGACAAACACUAUCAUGCCACAGUCCGGGUGUUAGUGUAAGACCACUCCUUGGAAAACGAACAGACGUUACAUGAUGCCAAGUAACUGGCCUUUUGAAAGUUGAAUCUUCAAACCUAAACAUCUGAAGUGUCGGCAACCAACAUCACAACUGGUUUGGCUGAUUUUUUUUCACUGCCCUUCCUGACUUUUUAAGCAGCCACAGCCCUACAUGCAGAAACAGUGAACAUUUGAGCUGAAAGGGCCCUCUGAGAGGCUCUGCUACAAGUAUCUUCAUUUUACAGCUGAGAAGGUCCAAAGUCAGACAGGAGCAGAAAUGGCAAUCCCACAUUCAUGCCACUUGGAGCGUGCACAUGUAUGAUACAUGUUUGUAUGCAGACACGACAUGCACAGCAUGGGUGCAUCCCUGAAACACAUGCCAUCACUAGCUAUACCCGGGUACACCCUCCCCCCAACACCCACCUAACAAACAAGGAUGACCCCACCUCCGUGUAGCUGCUGAGCAAGGAAGGCAGGGCAGGGGUCAUCUGGGCCUAGGCAGCCCUCGCCAGAGUUCCAAGGGGACCGAAAAGCCUACAGGUCUGCAGCUGCCAUUAGCGUGCCUGGCUCCCCUCGGCUCUCCUCUGUCUGCAGAGGGCGAGGAGAGGAGACAUUCCGGGCUCAUUCCAGCGAGCCGUGUGCAUGCUGCAGGCGUGGUAUGCGAGCAAGCGGCGCGCUUCCAGCUGCUGCCUUCGAGGGCUGACAGGCAACCCCCUCCCCCCAGACAAAACUCCUCACCCACUGCUGGCCUCUCUUCACAUGGGCAUGAUUAAGGCAACCAGGACCAUCGCAAGCCCUUUUCAAAAGGAGAGAAAUUAUGGCUUUUUCUCCACCUUGCCUGCCCACCUUUUCUUAGGGGGCUCUCCUCUCAGACCCACCUCCAAGUGGAACCCGGGUAGGACUUAACCCACCCCAUCCGGCGCCUGCCUCUGCUAGCCCCUUUGCAGCAAGCUCCUUUAACAUUCCGGUGGAUAGCUUGUGCCCUCAUCGUUGGUGCCCAUUCAUUUCCCCCCAUCAGGGUCAUCUCUCCCACCUCCACCCCACUUAACAUAAGCAUCCCUUCCUUGCCUUUGUAGGGUGCUUUAGAGCUUUCAAAGUGUGUUUUAUUUGACCUUUACCACCACCCCUAGCUUCCUCUGACACAUCAGGAGACUGAAGCUCAGAGAAGAUAAGCACCUGCCCAAGAUCACACAGCUAAUACAUGAGGAUGGCACAUCUUUGACUAUCAAAGGCACGUUUUGCCCACUCUGCCACCCUAAUGUCCAGUUCCCUGAGGGGAAGGAGAUGGCUUUCUGCUUCUUUCGGACCUCUAGGGUACCUGAUGUAGCACAGACUUUGCACACAAUGGGUGUUCUGAGGCCUGCGCAGACGACAGACGAUGAUGCCAGCAGCCAGAGAAUCCUGGAAGCUCCAGGAAGGGAGAGACUCUUGCAGACCAAGGUGUUGUGUACCACCCAAGUCUUUUCAGCAGCCCCCAUCCCUUGCCUCUUCUCACUCCUAACUUGCUCAGAGAGAGCAGUGCUCAUGAAUAAAGCUAAUAUUGGAGCUAGUCGUAUACUAGUUCAA